AUGGUGCAGGCCUACCAAGUCCACAGACGACCGUUCCUUACUAACACGGUAAAUCUGGUAGGGGGCAGCUAUGCCAUUUGGGCGACUAAGAUGCACUUUGAAAUCCUCUGGGAUAUAGUCAACGAAGCUGCAUUACAACGAAGAGGCAGCCUUGCUAUUAUUUUCCUCUCUUACGAUAUAAGCAGUCAAGCGCCUUAUCCUCGCCAACUCCAACAAGCUUCAACCGCCAUGAAUUAUAUUUCUCACACUCUGGGGAGGCCUGCUUCCGAUGUCCUGCUUGCCGGCGAUUCAGCCGGUGGUCAUUUGAUCCUUGCUUUGCUAUCGCAUAUCGCGCAUAAUAACCUUGAAGUUCAACCAGUCAAAGUCUCGGGAAUGCUCAAAGGUGUUGCGUUUGUGUCGCCUUGGGUGACCUUUGACACUGCAACAUCCGACUCGAUGCAGAGAAACAAGAACAAAGACAUUUUGACAGUACCAAUGCUCAGUGCAUCGGUAUCAGCAUUUCGAGGGCAGACAUCCUGCAAUAAUUAUUAUAUGGAGCCUCUUGCUGCUGAUGCUGAAUGGUGGCGGGACGUUCCAGUGAAAAGAUUUCUUAUCUUAGCAGGCGCAGACGAGAUGUUUGUGGAUGACAUCAGCCAAUUUGCUGCUAAACUCGGGACUGUUCAUCCUGAUGUGACUUACUGCCAAGUACAAGACGAAGUGCAUGAUCAUAUGUUGAUCGAAUCGAUGCUGAGGGAGCCCAUGUGCCAGCAAAGGCAGAUCUUUCGUCGCUGGCUGCUUGAAUUGUGUUAUUUCAGUUAG